UGAUUACUGACAGCAGUCUGAUUACUGACAGCAGUCUGAUUACUGACAGCAGUCUGAUUACUGAUAGCAGUCUUAUUAUUGAUAGCAGUCUGAUUACUGAUAGCAGUCUGAUUUCUGUACACAAACACAAGGUUUGCUCUGAUGUGAUAAUUUGUGGAUGUUGUGAUGUAUUGUGUGUGUAUGAUCUGUAAAUGUGUUUGUGUGUGUGUGUGUGUGUAUGUGUGUGUGUGUGUGUGUAUGUGUGUGUGUAUGUGUGUGUGUAUAUGUGUGUGUGUGUGUGUGUUUGUAUGUGUAUGAUCUGUAAAUGUGUUUGUGUGUAUGUAUGUGUGUGUAUGUGUGUGUGUAUAUGUGUGUGUGUGUAUGUGUGUAUAUGUGUUUGUGUGUGUGUGUGUGUUUGUGUGUGUGUUUGUAUGUGUGUGUGUGUGUGUGUGUGUGUUUGUAUGUGUAUGAUCUGUAAAUGUGUUUGUGUGUAUGUAUGUGUGUGUAUGUGUGUGUGUAUAUGUGUGUGUGUGUAUGUGUGUAUAUGUGUUUGUGUGUGUGUGUGUGUUUGUGUGUGUGUUUGUAUGUGUGUGUGUAUGUGUGUGUGUGUUUGUAUUUAUGUGUGUGUGUGUUUGUAUGUGUGUGUAUGUGUGUGUAUGUGUGUGUGUGUUUGUAUUUGUGUGUGUGUGUGUGUAUAUGUGUUUGUGUGUGUGUGUGUGUGUUUGUGUGUGUGUGUUUGUAUUUGUGUGUGUGUGUGUGUGUAAAUGUAUUUGUGUGUGUGUGUGUAUAUGUGUUUGUGUGUGUGUUUGUGUGUGUGUGUUUGUAUUUGUGUGUGUGUGUGUAUAUGUGUUUGUGUGUGUGUGUGUAUAUGUGUGUUUGUGUGUGUGUGUGUGUGUGUGUGUAUGUGUGUGUGUGUUUGUAUUUGUGUGUGUGUGUGUGUGUGUGUGUGUGUGUAUAUGUGUUUGUGUGUGUGUGUGUGUGUAUAUGUGUGUGUAUGUGUGUGUAUGUGUGUGUAUGUGUGUGUGUGUUUGUAUUUGUGUGUGUGUGUGUGUGUGUAUAGGAUGCAGAGUGCUCGGUCGGGGGGGAGAGAUCUGGGUUACCUGCCCUCAGUUUACUCCCCCCUCCCUAACCUGCCCCCCCCGGAGAUGGGCGUGUCCAGGGGGGCGAACUUCAGCGGGUCAGACCACCUGCCGGGCGGAUCCAUGACCAGCCUGAGUUGGGAGAGGAGGUGUGUGCGGAAGCACCGCAGACGGACGGACGACGUGGGCUGCAGCGCUAAGCGGAGGAAGCUGAUGGAGGAGGCGGAGUCAGAACCUUCAGAUUACCCCGACCCAAAACCCUGCUGGACCAUGGAGGACCCGACUCGCCCCCCCCUGACCCGACUCGGUACUGAGGUCUUGCACUCAGGUCCGAGUUCACAGGAAGUGGGCGUGGCCUUCUCUGCCCCCGUCCGGCCCGAGAGCGAGGGGGGCUGUAUGGAGGUGGAGGCGGCGCAGAGGAAGCUGCAGGAGAUCGAGGACAGGAUCACGCUGGAGGACGACAGUGACGAGGACCUGGACGUGGAUCCGGCGCAGCGUCGGCCGGUUCUGGUUCUGUCCGACAGUCUGAGGGAGGGGCUUCAGCGCGGCAUCGGCGACAUCCUGCCUGAAACCGUCGCUCAGUCGGUGAGCCGGUCCUGUAUGGAGCUGGUUCUCUGGCGCCCCCCAGAGGAUCCACUCACUCAGCAGCUGAAAGACUCCAUCCAGAGGCAGCAGCGGAAACAGCAGCCGGCGUGCCGCCAGACACCCGCGCCGGUACCCAGAACCCCCGUCCCGGAUCGGCUGCAGCCGAAACCGCAGCCGGAACCGGCCUUCAGAUCCCUCUACUGCCCCCCGGUGGCACCCGGCGGCGGCGAGGAGGAGAUGGAGCUGGAGACGUUUUACUGACUCUGAGUUCAAACAGAGACGCUGCCAAAAUCAAUCAGUUUACGCCGCGAGGGACGAGAUCCUGGCGAUGCACUACAGAGACGAGACGAGACGAGAAGAGACGAGACAAUAUUCUGUUGCCAUGUUUUUCUGUUUUUUCUCUCCAGUAUUUGAGUUAGGGGUGAGUUGGCGCGGCGGGACCAGAGUGCCGGGCUGAGUGUAUGAAUUUUCUAGUUAAGCCAAUUUACAGACAUUAUUACGCUUUCGCAAAAGUGCUUUCACAACCUCUUCACUGCGGCGUUUCACACCCUGAUCUCUCUCCUGCGCUGAGACUGAAACCUUUCACACUGAGAAUCACUGUGAUCAGUGAUCACUAUCAGCUCACUCAUUUCUCACUGCAGUUUUAACCCUUUAACCCCCUGAUCACCAGUUAUAAUCCUAAACCCACAGGGGUUAAUGGGAGGGUCUGUGGCGUUAAUAGGUGCAGGAUUUAAAUGGUUAAAGGGUUACAGGAACUGGGAGCUGAUUGGUCAGUGAGGUCAAUCAGACUGGAUUAUAAAAUUAAAAUAGUAAUUUAAUUUAAAGAUAAUAAAUAAUUCCAGCCUGAAUCUCUUUAUAUAAACGAUCUUAUUGAUUUUAUUUAUCAGCUCAUCUUCACUAAAGUGUGACUGAAUUAUUUAGAGAAACACGAACAUGAAGAUCAGAUCAGCUGAUUCUCAGGAUUAAGGGAUCUGAUUGGGUAAAGCGACUGGAUUAUGACGACACUAACAGCCCAGUGUGUGAACAGCCAAUCACAGCGCAGGAGGCGGGGAUUUAGUUUGAGGCUAAUUUGAGACACUUUUUUAUUUUCCAGUGCGAGAUGUAAACUGAUUAAUGCAUGUUUCUUUAAUGUUUCUUUGAUGUUUCUUUAAUGUUUCUUUGAUGUUCCUUUAUUUUCUGCACAGCUUAACCCUCACUGUGUGAAGUGACGGGGUCAGAGGUCAAUUAAACUGCACUUAACCCAACCCCCACCCUCCCCCGCCCACAGGUAAUCUUACCUGUUUCCUCCCAUCUGUCCUCUCCUACCUGUCCUCUCUUACCUGUCCUCUCCCACCUGUCCUCUCUUACCUGUCCUCUCCCACCUGUCCUCUCUUACCUGUCCUCUCUUACCUGUCCUCUCCCACCUGUCCUCUCCACCUGUCCUCUCCACCUGUCCUCUCCACCUGUCCUCUCCACCUGUUCUUCCUGUUCGUCAGCACUGCAGCCUGUGUGUAACGCUGGACCUGUUUUACAAUAAAAACAUUAAAAGAAA